GGGAAGCGCUGGGAACACGGGCAGUGUGUGUGUGUGUGUGUGUGUGGUCAUGACCGUGGAGAACAUGGAUCCAGUGGAAGUGUUCGCGGCCGGAGAGAAAGGUCGUGGGCUCCGGGUCACGAAGCAGCUUUCAGCAGGAGAUGUGGUGUUCGCUGAGGCUAGCUUCGCCGCCGUCGUGUUCGACAGUCUCUCUCGGCAGGUGUGUCACAGCUGUUUCCGCCGGCAGCCGAACCCUCACCGCUGCGCUCAGUGUAAGUUUGCGCACUAUUGCGACCGCACGUGUCAGCGCGCCGCGUGGGACGAACACAAGCAGGAAUGCUCUGCCAUCAGGAAGAUGGGAAAAGCUCCCAAUGAGAACGUGCGUCUGGCCGCUCGCAUCAUGUGGCGUAUCCAGAAGGACACGGGCCUGGUGUCGGACUCUCAGCUCACGACCCUUGACCUGCUGGAGGAUCACCUGACCCAGAUGAGCCCCGAUGACCUAAAGGAGCUCAAGGUCGACGUGCAACACUUCUACAACUACUGGCCUAAGAAGAGGAGAGCCGUCGGGGAGUUAUACGUGUCGCAUCUCUUCGGGGUGAUUAACUGCAAUGGCUUCACGCUGAGUGACCAGAGGGGUCUGCAGGCGGUGGGCGUCGGCCUCUUUCCCAACCUCUGCCUCGUCAAUCACGACUGCUGGCCCAACUGCACUGUCAUCCUCAAUCACGGCAGUCAGACGGCUCUGGAUGCUUCAUUCCACUCAGAGAAGAGGAUCGAGCUGAGGGCUCUGGGAAGCAUCUCCGAAGGGGAAGAGCUGACCGUGAGUUACGUGGACUUCCUGAACGUGUCCAAGGACCGGCAGCGGCUGCUGAAGCAACAGUAUUACUUCGACUGCAAGUGUGAGCACUGCACCGGCGGCAUUAAAGACGACCUGAUGACGGCCGCCAGAGACACGGACGGACAGAAGCCGUCUGCUGAAGUGCUGAAGGAGGCCACAGAGUUCAGUCUCCAGGCUCUGGGCAAGAUCGAAGAGGCUCGUACUAGAGGAAACUUCCACGAGGUGGUUAAUCUCUGCCGCGAGUGUCUGCAGAAGCAGGAUCCGCUGUUCGGAGACACAAACCUGCACCUGCUGCGCGUCCUCGGCAUCGCUAGCGAGACGCUGUCCUUCCUGCAGCAGUUCCCCGAGGCGGCCGGACACGCACAGCGCGCGGUGGAGGGAUACGCGAAGCUUUACCAUCCCAAUAACGCCCAGCUGGGCAUGGCCAUCAUGAGGGCGGGCGUCACGCACUGGCACGCGGGGCUGAUCGAGGCCGCUCACGGGCUAAUCUGUCGUGCAUACGCUAUCCUCCUGAUCACACAUGGAGCUCAUCAUCCCAUCACCAAAGACCUGGAGGCGAUGCGCACGCAGACAGAGAAGGAGCUUCGUCUGUUUAAGGAGAACGAGUCGGUCUAUCGAAACAUGAGAGAAGCUGUUCUCUCAAGCAAACCCAUGAUGAGCGUCGCUGGAGAACAAGUGCCAAUCAAAGCCUGAUCUAAGCAAGAAUCUGCUCUCUAAUAAAGGCGUUUUCAACAGA